CAUGUCGUCUGAUACUUUUUGUCUUCUAAUUUAGUUUUAUUGUUUUGCCAAAAAACGGUGGAAGAUUUCAUCCCAAUAGAAACUCUCUUUAACCAAAAUAUCUCAAAGCAAAUCAUCAAAAAGCAAACAUAUAAAAAACGAAAAGAAACCAACAACAAACAAAAAUGCAAAAAACAAGUAAGCAGACUGAAGAAAAAACGUACAAAAGAUAAAAAGUUUUCUCGAGGAGUGAUUAUGUCCGAUGUCACACAUAGAAAAGCUCUCCGAGAAUUACUGAAAAAGUUAAGGGUGGAGAUCUGGGAAAAAGGCAUGAAACUUGAAAUAGACUCUAAUUCAUGUCUAUUCCUUUUGGUGAAAAAAAAAAAAAUGAGACUCAAACUUAUGGACCUUAGUUGUCAUUUCGACGUAUUAAAAAAAGAAAGUUAGACGGUUGCAGCCUUGGUAGGAUUUUUUUUCUUUUCUUUUCUUUCUUUUUAUUUUUUUGUGGCCUUCUUGGGUACUUGAUUGAAGAAUGAAAGGUAUGAGGUUAUUUUUAGUCAGUCAAAGGUAAAUUGUUGUCGCCUGUAUUCAGUUACAAUGCCAGCACGUACAAGUUUAAAACGAGAAAAAACAAAUUGAAUCAUUUGAUACCCGAAACUAAUUUAUACUAAUUGCAAUGCUGCCCUACUAACUGGUUUUUCUCUUAAUAGGAGACGAAAGGGAGACUUUUUUAGUCAAACCGGUAUAGAAAGUGAGUUAUUUUGCACUAAAUCAUUUUGGUCACCAAACUUUUUUCUGUUUUCCUAUUUAGUCUACGCUGUUGACUGUAGCUUCGUUUUUUGAUACAUGUAUGUAAAGGAAAGGUUUUACCCUCGUAUAUACCUAUCUCGAACUUUUGGGGCUAAGAUGCAUAGCUCUGACUGUCUGCAGGAGUACCAAGACUUCCUAACCUUAUUCAUACUGGUAAGAUGAAUGCAAAGCAACAAAAUUUCGCUAUGAUUGGAGGUGGUAACGAAGUCUUAGUAAGGGAAUUCAAAAACCAAGACCUUCACGACUGCCAAGAGAUUUUCACCCAAGGAAUGGAGCAGUUGAUCAGCCUCAUAGUGCGUAAUGUUUUCCCAAAAUAUCUUUGGAUUUUAUCGGCUUGGGGCAUACUUGUUUUCGUUCUCGUCAUCAAAUUCCAAUGGACUGCAAACAUCUUCUUUCUUCUUGUAAUUACUUGUGUCUUUUUUGCUGCCUGGUUGUAUCUUAUUCUGUAUAUUGAAUGCUGGAAGUUCAUCGAUUCCUGUUUAGCAACGGACUUAAAGGAUAUUGGAAAAUCCUACAUGUUCAGUGAAAAAUGUCGCAUGUGGGUGGCUGAGUGGAAUGGUAAAGUUGUGGGAAUGGUUGGACUUAUUCACAAGGAAAGUCACAAACCAGAAGUGGCAGAACUUCAGAGGAUGUCUGUGUCACCAGCCUGUAGAAGAAUGGGAAUUGCUAAGAAAUUGCUCGACGAACUGAUCAAAUUCGCAAAGGAUCAGCAACUCCAGAAGCUUGUGCUUACCACCACCAGUGCACAAACACCAGCCAUUCGACUGUACAAGAAAUACGGCUUCCAACUCAGAACCUCUAUUCCUUAUCCUAAAACGCUUCUUAGCGAUUUGCAAUACUAUCACUUUGAACUCGUGUUAUGACAUUAGCUGCUUUUCCCUUUUCUCUCUACAAAAGAUUCAAAUCCUCCUCAUAAUCAGUAAUUUGGUGAAUUAUCUUCCUUAAACUUUAAAGAAAAAGAUUUUUAAGGUAGCAGGUAAACCAGACCUUUGUGAGGGACAUUUAAACCUUCCCCUCAUGAUGAGAAACGUUGCAUCACGUAGACAAGAGCUAUGCCCGUUGGACAUCAUGACUGUUUAAUUCAAUAUGAAGGCCAAAAUAUAUAUUCUCAGCUAUUGCGACUGCUCUUGCAGAUGGAACUAUUUUGGGAAGAAAAAUGUUCAUGGAGUUUCUCUUGUCUACUAAAAUUUGCUUAACUCUAAUUACCUUUACUUUCUAAUAUAUCACAUUCUAACUUCACCAUUGCAAUUAUCACGUUUCAACAAGUUUUAAACGAUUAUAGAGUUGGAUUACAGUCGGUUUGGUUUCCUCCCCACCAUUUGCUCGAGAUGAAGCUAUUGGUGUUCUCCUCUCGCUCAAAUAUGACAUGGAUGGCUUGAUAGAAGUUGUCGUAUACGCAGAUAAGUUGGCAUUAGUAAGUAAAUGUUACAGGUCUUCUUGGCAAGUAGUCAUGAGACAGGAAAGACGCUAAGUCACCGAUUGCCACAAAUUGACCACAAAUUUGACCAAAUUCAUGAAUUCGCCAUUGUCAUUCGUUUCAAUAAUCCCCUCAGAAGAAAAAAAUGGUAAAACAUUAAACACAGACCAAAAAUCAAAAAAAUGAAACAGAAAAAAAGCAGGGUACAAAGAGGAAAAAAGACAAGCAAACGAAAAACAAAUCCCUUACACAUUACUUUUGACCUCUUUCACAUUUUAUAACAUGACUACAAGAUAUCGUUGAAACGUGUAUUCGUUUACGAAAGUCUUGACUACCGUAAAAUUGGCUCCUUUAAGAUUUAGACUGCUAAUGUGGAAACACAGCUGGGUAAUUGCUUUGUUAUUGCUUCGAGAUAGAAGCUUCACCAUACCUAUGAUAGGUGCAUUAUCUUGACUACCUUGCUGUGAUAUCAGAUUUUAUCCUUGUUGAUACACGAUGCAAAUUUUGCUGUGCCAUGUUAGUAUAAAUUUGCGUUGUAAGUACUAAAAAGAUUUAUCGACAUGUAUUUAUGUGUCCACUUUUUAAUUGCAAAGCAGAAAUAAUCAUACUAGGUUUUAGUUAGUCAACGUGAUAAAUAUUAAUUUCACGGGCCUAAAGAAGACUAACAGCAUGCAGUCGAAAUGUCGCGAUCCACAUCCGAAGUGACAACAUCGUGAGACAAACGAUCACAUUUCCCUUUUGAAAUAAUGACACUAUUUCUAUGGCGUGGGAUAUCUCUGGUACUAUUAGUCGGAUAAUUAUAGCACAGAGUGUGUUAUUAUAAGACAAGGUAUCAUUUAUCCUCUCUUGCAUUGGAUGUUAAAAUUAGAAAAAGCUUUCUGAGGGGAGGGUUUGCAAGUACUAAAUUAAUUUGUCUUUUUUUGAGAAAUUUAUUCAACAACAACAGAAAAAACAUUUUAACACUUUCUUAAGGUUUGUAAAUUGAUUGUUUGCGCAGUAAAGAUCAUUAAAUGUACAAGUUUUUAUUU